CGACGCCUGCGGCUGAUCGCCAUGUGCCUGUCCAUUGGUUAAGCUCAACUCGCUGUUCACCUUGUUUGUGUUUUUGUUCGGAAUCGCAACCGGCGGACGCACUUCAUCUGUUUUGCGGAGAAAAACCAUUUGGCUUUAAUUACAGAACCCGAAAAAUGAGCGACGAAGGCGAAAGUAAAUCGGAGCAGGCGGAGAAACCUGAAGCGGAGGAAGUAGCUGGGGAAAGUACGGAGAAAGUGGAGGAAAAGAAGGAAGCACCUCCGACGUCAGAAGUUGAUGAAAAGCCUGCAGAGGGUGAAACCCAAUCGGAUAAUGAAGCAGCCAAGGAAAAGGCAGCACCUUCGCAGGACUUUGCCGCCUAUGAGGAGCACAUGACCUACGCAGCGGAUGGCGGCGCCAUCUACACGGAUCCCAGCACCAAGCAGAAGUACAAGUGGUGCACCACCCAGAACAACUGGCAACCCCUGAGCACCGACGAAGCGGCCAGUGCGGGAGAUCUCUACGAGAACGAGCACUACAAGUGGUGUCCCAAAACGCAGCAGUGGCUGCCAAAGAAACAGGAAACCGAAACGGAGCACUACAAGUGGGACGACGAGCAGAAGAAGUGGAUACCCAAGCAGCCGAGCUCCAAGCAGGAUGGGGUUUACGGAGUGGACGAGCAGGGCGAACGCACCUACACGGACAAGGAUGGAGCCGAGUUCUUUUGGGAUGCUGCCAAGAACGCCUGGUUUCCCAAGAUCGACGAUGACUUCAUGGCGCGCUAUCAAAUGAACUACGGGUUCAUUGACAACACUUCGGCGGGGGAAAAGGAGAAGGCUGAAAAGGAGGCAGCAGAAGCCAAAAGAAAGGAGGAGGAGCUCAAAAGGAUGACGGCUGAGGCGGAGGCAGCCAUGAACAAGGAUAACACGCCAUCCACGGCAGCUCCAACCGGAAAGCGAAAGGUGCAGGAGCCGCCAAAAUGGUUCGAAAUGGAUCCCUCGCAGAACACCAAGGUGUACGUCUCCAAUUUGCCACUGGACAUCACCAUGGAUGAGUUCGCCGACCUGAUGGGCAAGUGUGGCAUGGUCAUGAGAGAUCCGCAGACGCAGAAGUUCAAGCUGAAACUUUAUGCCGAAAAAGAUGGGCAAAUCAAGGGCGAUGGCCUCUGUGAUUAUAUAAAGGUGGAGAGUGUCAAUCUGGCGCUUAAAAUUCUGGAUGAGUAUGUCCUGCGUGGCCACAAGAUUCGUGUGCAGAGAGCCCAGUUUCAAAUGCGCGGGGAAUACAAUCCCGCCCUGAAGCCCAAGCGAAAGAAGAAGGACAAGGAGAAGUUGCAGAAGAUGAAGGAAAAGUUAUUUGACUGGCGGCCAGACAAAAUGCGUGGCGAACGUUCGAAGAAUGAAAAAACAGUCAUCAUCAAGAACCUCUUCACUCCAGAACUCUUUGAAAAGGAGGUGGAGCUCAUUUUGGAAUACCAAAACAAUCUGCGCGAGGAGUGCAGCAAGUGCGGGAUGGUCCGCAAAGUGGUCAUCUAUGAUAGACAUCCUGAAGGCGUUGCCCAAAUCAACAUGUCCUCGCCGGAGGAAGCCGAUGUGGUCAUACAAAUGAUGCAGGGACGUUAUUUUGGACAGCGACAACUAAGUGCUGAAGCCUGGGAUGGCAAGACCAAAUACAAAAUCGAUGAAUCAGCUGUGGAGGCCCAGGAGCGACUCUCCAAAUGGGAUGAGUUCUUGGCGGAGGAAGAAGCCGAUAAGAAAGCAACGGAGGAGGAGAAGACAGAAGAUAACUCUCCGGACAAUCAGCUUUUGCCCGGGGAUGCUACCCCUUAGCUAUUUUUUAUUUACCUGCGAU